GUUUUCAUAUUUUUUCCAGCAAAUAAUGACAUCAGUCACUGGGUUUUGUAAUCAAAGUCAAACUGAGUCACUGGAUUUUGGUGCUCAUACAUGGCCAGAGUCAGUUGGUAAUACUAUACUUACAAUGCCUUGUGGUAACCGUCCACUGAUGAAUGUCACUCGAAUGUGUCAGACUAAUGGAGUUGGCUGGGGAAAUCCUGAUUAUAGUCAAUGUGAAACUAGUACUUGUGAAAAUGACACUAUUGUAACAAAUCGUGGUACAUUUCAAUGGCCAAUAACACCUGUUGAAUCAUUAGCUGACCUUCCUUGUCCUCAUGGUCCUAAUGGAGCUAGAGCUAUUAGACAGUGUAGAAGGAAUGGUGUAUGGGACACUCAUGAUAUAUCAAACUGUACUGAUCCUAGGAUUACUGCUGCAUUUGCCAGCAUAGCUGAUACUAAUGUAACUGUUGAGAAUGUUGUAGAAGUUGCUCAAAAUCUCUCAGAAGUAGUGAUGUUAGCAAGUCAGCCUGGUGAUCAAAAUGAAAUUAAUCUACGCAAUGUAUCAUCACUCCUUAUUCAAACUGCUAAUUUAUUCUCUAGUCCUGAUAUAAUCAUAAUGUUAUCUACUGAAGAGGUUUCUAUGACAACAGAGAGCACUAUUGAAAUACUUAAUAGCAUACAAGAAUGGCCACCACAAGUAAUAGCUGCACAAUCAAAUAAUAUUGUCCAGUCAUUUGAAAGGAUAGUGGGUGCAUUGAUAAGUCAAGAGAACUUUACUAACUUGACAAUCAUUGAAACUGGCAUUGCAUUCCAGGGACUAAGAGUAAGCUAG